GUGAUCGGCUCGCUGUGGUGUGUGGUCCAGCUAUUAAAAAAUAAACAUGUUUUAUUUCUAAACUAAUUUCUCCAUUCCCAUAAUUUUUUAUCCAUUGCUGAAUUUAUUCAUCGUCUGGUUCUGUUGAGUAGGAAUGGCGGAUAGCAAUAUAAAUAUGGUGUCAUUUGUUAAACAGGAGGUCGAUACAGGAGGUGAAGAUCCAGCUCCAGGGUGGAGCACUGCCAUGGAAGAAGAUGGCCAACAACGUACUGAACAAGUUCACUUCAGAGAAGAACCGCAUUUUGAGCAAAUGACUGGAGAACGUUUAGAAGACGAAGAUCGCAACACUGUGAAUGACAAACUGAAUAUUUUGCCUCCUAUUUGCAGCACAGCUGGCCAAAUCAAUGCAACACAAAUGGCGGCCGAUUGCAGCAACGUAGUUACUCCAAUCAGUGAUGAUGAUGAUGAUGAUGAUGAUGAUGAUGAUGAUGAUAAUUGCCAACAACCAGCUGGACAAUUUCUUCAAGUAUUCAUCAAAGAAGAAAUACAUUCGGAUCAAGAAGCUGAAGAAUGUUCAGAAGAACAGGACCACAGCACUGUGAGUAGCUAUAAAACUAGCAGGAUUCUAAACCUGGAAAAACAAAUUCGAGAAAAUUCUGGAAAACCCAUUUUUAGGUGUCAAUUUUGUCACUAUACAAGUUUUUAUUCAAGUCAUUUGAAAUCUCAUAUGAGAUCACAUACCGGCGAAAAACCAUUCAGCUGUCAGUAUUGUGACUUUACGUGCACUCAAGCAAGUAAUUUGAAGAGGCAUCUCAGACGACAUACAGGCGAAAAAUCGUUUUCCUGUGAACUUUGUGACUACAAAUGCGCCGACUCGACCAGUUUGAAAGGGCAUGCCAAAAAACAUACUGACAAAAAACCAUUUGGAUGUGAAUUUUGUGACUUUACUUGCUCGGAAUCAAGCAAUUUGGAAUUGCAUCUGACAACACAACAUAGACCUACCGGCGAAAACCAUUUCAGUUGUGAAUUUUGUAACUUUACAUGUGCUAGUUCAAAUGAUUUGGAAACUCAUUUGAUCAAACAUAUAGGCAAAACACCAUUGAACUGUGAAUUUUGUGACUUUACAUGUACUAAUACAAGAAAAUGGAAAAGUCAUUUGAGAACACAUAUGGGCGAAAAACCAUUCAGUUGUGAAUUUUGUGAAUUUACAUGCUCGCAGUCUAGUAAUUUGAAAUCUCAUAUGAGAUCACAUACUGGCGAAAAACCUUACAGCUGUGAAUUGUGUGGCUAUACGUGUUCACAAUCAGGUCGUUUGGUAUUUCAUAUGAGAACACAUACUGGUGCAAAACCUUACUGCUGUGAAUUGUGUGGUUAUACAUGCUCGCAAUCAAGUCGUUUGAAAGCUCAUAUGAAAGUUCAUACUGGCGAAAAACCUUUCAGCUGUGAAUUUUGUGAAUAUACGUGUUCACAUUCAAGUCAGUUAAGAGUGCAUGUUAAGAGACAUACAGGUGAGAAAAACUUCAGCUGUAAAAUUUGUGAGUAUAAAUGCUUUGAAGCAACCGGUUUGAAAGUGCAUAUGAGAAAACAUACGGGUGAAAGACCUUUCAAAUGUGAAUUUUGUGAUUUCACUACUAUUCGCUCAAAUCUUUUGAAAAAUCAUCGGAAAAAACAUACUGGAGAUGAAUCAUCAAUGGUCGUCACACUCCAAUCAACUGAAAGUGCAUCUUAAAAGACAUCUAUGAAUAAAAUGCAUUGGAGAUGAAUCUAGAGUAAUUGAAGAUGCAUCUUAACAGAAUAGAAACAUUUUCUUUUAAAAUACUUGAGAUUAUUAUUUGUAAAUUAUCUCAGUGUGAUGUUUAAUUUGGUUAGUCUUGGGCCAGGUUGCACAAAAGCCUGUUAAAUUUUAAUUAUGAUUAAAUUUCACGAAAACCAAUCGGAGGAGGCUCUUGAGAAGAAGGCUUCUCUGAUUGGUUCUUCUAGUAUUUAAUCGGGGUAUAAAGUUAAGACCCUCUACAGAUGGAAAUUACUGAGAUAUUGCAAUUAUUCAAAUGCUAAUGAAUUAAUAAUUAUUAAACGAAAAUCCAAAUGAAAUGCUGUAAUUCACCCCGAAGACUUCUGCUAAUGCAAAUAUUGACAAUAGGAUAAACAGCUAGAUGGAAUGGUCUGGUCGCUAUGGCUUCGUAUAAAAUGAGCGCUGCUAUCCGGAGAUUGUCAGUUUGUUGUGAGGGUAAGCAUUCCUGACCGGCAAUUAGGAGGUACUGGGUUCGAUUCCCGGGCUGACAAAUGAUUUUUGAAUAGUAGCGCUCAUCGAAUUUCCAUCAAGCUGUUGACCCUGUUGUCAAUAUUUGCAGUAGCAGAAGUCUUCGGGGUGAAUUACAGCAUUUAAUUUGGAUUUUCGUUUAAUAAUAAUUAUAAAUAGACUUUUGUGCAACUGGAUAAAAAAGUCUAUCUUACAACUAUCUCUCAAAAUGUUAUGAUUGCAAUCAAGUUAUUGUUAUAUAAUAUAUAUAGUAUAUUUAAAUGUUAUAGUGUUUAUCGAUUGUAAGGAUUUGUAAAAUGUUAUUUUAUUCUUUGUUUAUAGAAAUGAUGAAUAUUCUUUGUUUAUAAAUUUACUUGAAUGUAAACUUUGUUGGUUUGCCUUUCUAGUGUAAAAUGUAUUGAUAAAAUAAAGUGAUCAAUAACUAUUUAAAACGUAAGAUAAAUUAUCAAUACCUUAAAAAAUAUUUUAUCAAUGUUAGUUUAGUUUAUUUGGCUCUACAGUCCUGGGUGGACUUUGGCCUCCUCAACAUGGCGCCUCCGUACAUCGCGCUCCUGUGCUCUCCU